AUGUAUCAUUCUACUUUCGUCUUGAAGAAGAAGCAGUAUGAUAAAAUCACCAAUUAUGAACUUAUUAAGAUGAUAGGAAAAGGUACAACAUCAGAAGUCUGGCUUUGUAAAAAUAAAACGACUCAAGAGACAUCCGCAAUCAAAAUUAUCACUAAAUCUUAUCUCCACGAAACUUUGGCUCAUGAAGACUUAUUGAACGAGAUAAAUAUUCUAAAAAAGUUAUCUAAACAUCAUUGGAUAAUUAAUUUAAAAAGUCAAUUCUCAAAUCAGCAUGCUUUUUUUCUUUCUUUAGACUAUUUACCAGAUGGAAACCUCUUACAAAAAAUCCGAUCAAAAACUUUUGAUAAGAACUUGAUAAGAUUUUAUGUCGCACAACUAGCAAUUGUACUAGACUAUUUAGAAUAUAAAUCGAUUUUACAUGGUGAUUUAAAACCAGAAAAUAUUUUAAUAGGUAAAGAUGGAUAUAUAAAGCUAACAGAUUUUGGUUUAUCAAAAGAUCUCAGCAACAAAAAUCAUAGAACAAAUGGUUUGAUAGGUACUUCAUUUUAUCUUGCACCUGAAAUAUUAUUAGGUAAUGAUUACUCUUAUUCUAUUGAUUGGUAUUCACUUGGAAUUAUUAUGUUUGAAAUGCUAACUGGUGAACCUCCUUUUAAAGAUAAUCACGACGUGUUUGGAAUUUCUAAAGAAAUCAUUCAUGGUAAAAUUUCAUAUCCAAAAGAAAUUACGUCUCAAGAAAUCGAUUUGAUAAGUAAGUUAACAAAUAAAAAUUCAAGUACAAGAUAUUCUUCUUUAUUUCAAGUUUCACAUCAUCCAUGGUUUGAUGGAUUUGAUUGGGUAGGCGUUAUUUUGAACCUGGCAACAUAUCCUUAUACUCGUGAAAGUAUUUGGUUAAAGUAA